AUGCCGUCCCCCCGCUCAACGACCGCUGCCGUGGGGCUGCUCGUCGCCGCUGCCCUCGCUCCCCUCGCGUCGGCCUGGAACAUGGAUGUCCACCAGCAGAUCGGCUUCUUGGCCGAGCAGUUCCUGACCAAACGCACGAGCUCCGUGCUUGCGCAGAUCCUGGAGCCGGAAUACAACGGGUCCAUUGGCAAUGCGGCCGCGUGGGCGGACGAAUACGCGCACACUAAAGAGGGCGCCUUCUCAUACCAAUGGCACUGGAUCGACUCGGCUGACAAUCCCCCAUCCUACUGCAACGUCUACUACCACCGCGACUGCAGCCCCGGCGGCUGCGUCGUCUCCGCCAUCGCCAACCAAACCUCCAUCCUCCGCUCCUGCCUCUCCUCCUUCACCAUCUCCUCACCACCAACCACCCCCACCACAACAACGAACCUCACCUGCUCCCACGCCCUCAAAUGGCUCACCCACUUCAUCGGCGACAUCGCCCAGCCCCUCCACGCCUCUGGCGUCGCCGCCGGCGGCAACGGCAUCCGCGUCGUCUACGCGAGGCAAAACGUGACGCUGCACAGCGUCUGGGACGGCCACAUCCUCUACUCGGCCGCAAACACGACAUCCCCGUUCCCCAACGCCACCGGCUUGGCCCCCUUUUUCGCCGACCGCCUGCUGCCGCGCAUCCUCGCCGACGCUUUUCCCGACGCCCCGAGGGCGGGGUGGCUGGCGACGGAGUGCGCGGAUGCGCCGGCGGCGUGCGCGCUCGCGUGGGCGCGCGACAGCAAUGCGUGGACGUGCGAUUACGUCUUUGCGCGGGACAUGGGGGCCACGGCGGCGGUGGACUUGGCGACGAGCGGGUAUGCGGAGGGCGCGUUUCCGAUCGUCGAGCUGCAGGUGAGCAAGGCGGCGGUGAGGCUGGCGGCGUGGCUGAAUGCGUUGGUGGACGGGGUGUACGGUGACGAGAGGGCGAUUGUCGUGCAGACGGCGCGGAGCUAG